GCAAGCUUUUGCAAACUUCGUUUUUCCCACAAGACCAUACAGCGGAGUUUAUUGCAGUGGGCCUCAAAGAAGCGAUGUCCGCUUGGGGCUUGGUGGAAGAAAGACUUGUGUGCAUCACAACGGACAACGCAGCUAAUAUGAUUAGGGCAGCAUCUGUGAAUAACUGGCCGAGGCUACACUGCUUUGGUCACAGACUUCAUUUAGCCAUCGAGAAUGCCAUGAAGGAUCCAAGAAUUGACCGGGCUGUGGGGCUCUGUAAAAAGUUGGUGAGCUCCUUCUCUUACAGCUGGAAGCGUAAGAGAGAGUUUUUAGCUGCACAAAAGGAGAUGAAACUCCCAGAGCACUCACUGAAAACAGAGUGUCCAACAAGGUGGGGAUCACGUCAGGCCAUGAUAGAGAGAAUCAUCGAGCAGCAAAAGGCCAUUGCACAUCUCCUGUCCUCUGACAAGAAGUCUCGUCAUCUUAUCCCAACAUGGCAGGACAUGGAUGUACUAGAGGCAAUCAACAAAUCCUUGCACCCUCUAGUUAAUUUUACAGAUGCACUGUCUGGCGAGAAGUACGUCAGCGUGUCAUUUGUUAAGCCAGUUCUUCAUCUUUUCAACGCAUCAAUCUUGAAAGUUAAGGAUGAUGAUACUGACCUGUCAAGAGCAAUCAAGUCUAAAAUGUUGGAGUACCUAAACGAAAAAUACAGUGACCCAGACAUCCAAGCUCUAUUGGACAUGGCAUCUACGGUGGAUCCACGAUUUAAGAUGAGAUACACGGCUGAGGACAACAAAACAACAAUUCAAUCCAGACUCAAAGCUGAGAUGCAGACUUUGGCAAUGAUGGUAAUAAAAAUGAGCUGCACUGAGAUCUAUAUUAGUGUUUUGAGUCUCAAUUAGUUAAAUUUGUUCUAAAUGCCUUUUUCUGUGUUUAGGUGCCACCCCAAGAAACAGCACAAGAGACCAGCGAG